AGAUGAGCCCUUUCGCAGGUAAUUAUAGUCUCCCUCCCCACACUCCAAUGCAGUAUUUUAAUAUGGGAAAAUAGAAUUCGAUUAUGAAAGAAAUGAAAUGGCGAGAGAUCUGUAGCAGCAUCUGAAAUGGUUAACAGAGGCUCUUCUUCCCACUACAGAACCUCCUUAACUGGUAGAUUCCUCUCAAGAAAAUCAACCCCUUUUGCCAUUACUUUUCAAAUUUUCUCCAUAUUUGCAUUCUCCAUUUUCGUCUUCUUCGUUUAUACAAGAAAUUCCUUGGAAGAUGAACACGUACAGCCUUUUUUGAACAAAAAUUCUCAAUCCCAUCAGGAUAAGACGGCUGAUUUGCCAACUCAUGGCAAGUCAGAUGAGCAACUUUGGAAUGCUCCAUUUAAUUAUAAUUUGCAUCCGUGUAUCAAGCCAACUGCUAAGUAUAAAGCGGCUGUAGGUUCAGAACGCUACAUAACUGUGAGAAGUAAUGGAGGACUGAAUCAGAUGCGCACUGGUAUAUCAGACAUGGUGGCUGUGGCACGCAUUAUGAAUGCAACUUUAGUCAUUCCUCAGCUGGAUAAACGGUCAUUCUGGCAUGAUUCGAGUGUGUUUUCAGAUAUAUUUGAUGAACUUCAUUUUAUUGAAACCUUAAAAAAAGAUAUUCGGAUAGUUAAGCAGCUCCCUAAAGAACUGGAAACAGCUCCUCGAGCUCGGAAGCAUUUCACCUCCUGGUCAAGUGUUGGUUACUAUGAAGACAUGACACAGCUCUGGAAAGACUAUCAGGUUCUUCAUGUUGCAAAGUCAGAUUCUCGCCUUGCAAACAAUGAUUUACCUCUGGAUAUUCAAAGGUUGAGGUGUCGAGCUCUAUAUCAAGCUCUCCGCUUUGCUCCCCCAAUAGAGAACCUAGGAAAGAAGCUGGUGGAGCGGCUCAGAUCGCGGGGAGAGAGAUACAUUGCUCUACAUCUGAGAUAUGAGAAAGACAUGUUAUCCUUCACUGGAUGUACGUAUGGUUUAAUUGAUGCUGAAUCCGAAGAGCUCAGAAUAAUGAGGGAAAACACAAACCACUGGAAAGUGAAAAGGAUAAACUCAACUGAGCAAAGAGCAGGAGGCUAUUGUCCAUUAACUCCCAAGGAGGUGGGGAUAUUUCUUCGAGCUCUUGGCUAUCCGCCAUCAACACUAAUUUAUAUUGCUGCUGGGGAAAUCUAUGGGGGUGAUACUCAUCUUUUGGAGCUCAAAUCUCGUUUUCCGAACAUAGUUUUCAAGGAAACACUUGCUACUCAGAAAGAGUUGAAAGCAUUUGCUAACCACGCAUCUCAGAGUGCUGCUCUUGAUUACAUUAUUUCUAUAGAAAGUGAUGUGUUUGUUCCAUCAUACUCUGGUAACAUGGCAAGAGCUGUUGAGGGGCAUCGCAGAUUCUUAGGGUACCGCAAGACAAUAUCCCCCGAUAGGAAAGGACUGGUUGAAGUUUUUGACAUGCUGGAAAGCGGACAGCUGAGAGAAACCGCAUUGUCUCAAAUUGUGCAGCGAAUGCAUGAAAACAGGCAAGGAGCUCCAAGGAAAAGAAAAGGUCCACUGCCAGGAAUCAGAGGGCGAGGGCGGUUCAGAACUGAAGAAUCUUUCUAUGAAAAUCCAUACCCCGAGUGUAUAUGUACUUCAAAAAGGCAUUUUCAAUCACAAAUGUACAGCUAAAAUGUGUUCAUUAUUAAAGUGACUCAGUGUAAAACAUUGUCCGAAUGAUGGUUUUUUGACAAAAACCAGCUAGACCUUAUGAGAAUGUGAAAGAAUUGCAUACUAAAAUAAACCUCAUGAGGAAGACACAAGCUAAGCCUUAUGAGGUUUAUUUUGGUUGUAACAUAAAACCUCGAAGGGCGACUCAAACAUUAUGAGGUUUAGUAUGAAGUUAAGUUGCCUCAAGUCUUACCGACCAUCUGGUGAAAUCUCCCAUACCAGAGAAGUUAACAUAGCAGAUUACCUCUCAAGUAGCUACUUAAAAGUUACAGUUUCUUGAUUUGAAGAUCUUUCAUAUAAAUUUCAUUUGAAUUUGACCAUUAAUUUGCUUCUGGUUUGGGUGCAUAGGCUUUGUUUGGGAUUUUUUUUCUUCUUUACUUUUGCUUUUAUGGAAGUGUACAAGAGUAAAAACAAUUGCUGCCAUACUCUUUUGACAUGAGUUUCUUGGUUCGCUAUGGGGGUUUUUGUUUACA